AUGGCACUGGGCAGGCAUCGCUCAUACAGCAGCCACACUAGCAGUGCAGGUGUUACGGGAUCCGGAAGCCUCGAGGGCAGCGUCAGCAACCUGCAGAGCGGUUUCAGCGGCAUCUUGGCGACUUCAGCCUCCCUGGCAGCAGGCCUUUUGGUCUCGGGACAAACGAGUGGUCUCCUCGGCUCCACUGGCACUGCAAUCGUCUCCGGUGCAGGCGGCACAGUUGCUGAAGGCAGCCUAGUUUCUGCCGCAACCUCUGCUUCGAUGUGUAGUCAAGCCGGGUCCCUCAGUUCGAUCGGUUCCGGCUGCUUUAGCACCGCUUCCAUGGGUCUGACCGGCGUCCGUCAGAGUGCUGGCCUCUUCUCGCGCACUAUCCUGUCCCGGACGGGCACUUCUUCGCUCCACAUAACGCGUGAGGAGGCAGAGGCAUCAGACGAUGUGACCAGAGCGGCUGGAAAGGAUUCGUUACUGGGCCUCCAGGCCUCCGUGAAGGAGGUGGAAAUGGAGGAGGAGGAGGAGGAAGAGGAGCAGAAGGAGGAGGAAGAGGAGCAGGAAGAGGAGCAGGAGCGAGAGCAAGAAGAAAUAGAAGAGACAGAGGCCAGAGGAAGAUGGAGGCAGGAGAAAAUGGGGACGAAGCUGGUCAAAGCGGUACAAGGAGGGGGAGGAGACGACGAACGAUCUCAUGUUGGCGAAUCUUCGCUCCCUAGGACAGAGACUAUCUUCAAAAAUGAGGGUCGACAGCACAAAUUGUCUAAGCAAAAUGGGACAGGAAUGCAGUCGGAUCUGGGUCUCUAUCUUCAACAGUCGCGUGUAACAGUUACUUAUGGCCGAUCCCAUGGAAUGGUAGAAAAGAUAUCGUCGGUCUCGAAACGGGAGAAUGAAAUGGCCAGGCUGAACGACCAAUCACCUGUGGGAUAUAAAGAGGUAACUUGUUUGGAAAUAUAG